AUCCAAUCAGAAUCUAUUUUGCAUUCGGAGCGAAGCUGAGCUUGAUGUAAACUAAACGACAACAAUAAACAGUCAUGUCAGACAACAACAAAGAUGAGGUAGCAAAACCUGAGGUUGAAAAUCAGGCCGCAGCAGAAGCCACAGUUUCCAGCGAAGAUGAACUUGAAAAGGAAGAACCUAAACCAGAACAGGCCAUUGAAGAUGCUCAAGAACUGGUCAUUGUUGAUCAGGAUGCCUUUGAUGUUGAUCUGAACCACAGUCGUAUUGCUAAGAUAGAAAACUUGGAAAAUUUGACAAGAUGUGAGACCCUGUGUCUCCGCCAGAACCUUGUGAAGAAGAUCGAGGGUUUGAGCACUUUGGUGACGCUACGUGAGCUUGAUUUGUAUGACAACCAGCUGACCAAGAUUGAAAAUCUGGAGGAACUGGUAACCCUUGAACAACUUGACUUAUCAUUCAACCACAUUAGGAAAAUUGAAGGUUUGGAACAACUUACAAGAUUGAGGAAACUGUUUCUGGUUCAGAACAAGAUACAGAAAGUUGAAAAUAUCAACCAUCUUGUCGAAGUGGAGAUGUUGGAACUUGGAGCAAACAGAAUCAGGAAUAUAGAAGGCAUUGACCAGAUGACUGGACUGAAGAGCCUGUUCCUUGGGAAGAAUAAACUCACCACAUUGUCUGGGCUUGACACUCUGGUCAAUCUAACCUGUCUCAGUAUUCAGGACAACCGUCUAGUUACGAUACAAGGCCUGGAGUGUCUGGUCAACCUGGAGGAGCUCUACAUUAGCCACAACGGCAUCGAGAAGAUCCAGGGACUCGACAAGAAUCUGAGGUUGACAACUCUGGAUCUUGCAGAAAAUAAAAUUAAGAAGAUUGAAAAUAUUGCACAUCUUACAGAACUCCGUGAAUUUUGGUUCAAUGACAACCAGGUGUCGAGCUGGGAGGAUGUGGACGCUCUCAUUCCCCUCAAGAACCUGGAGACUGUCUACCUGGAGAGGAACCCUAUCUGGUAUGAUCCAUCUGACAACAAGAAGGUGGACGUCAACUACCGGCGAAAGAUCAAACUGGCAUUACCGUGGAUUCAGCAGAUAGACGCAACCCUUGCACGAUGAUGAUCAGCUGCAAUUAGUGAAUUCUUUGUCCAGGUGAUCAAAUGUGCUUUGAAUUUGCAAUUAAGUAAAUUGAAUAUGUUGACAAUAGAUACAACUGUUUGAAGAUGAGUUAUAUUGUUCAAAUAUCUUUAUGAUCAAUUUUAUAUCUAAAUCUAUGUAUAAAUAAAUUCAUGUGUUUUUGGUUUUUAAAUAUUAAGUGUUAUGGGAUAAGCUUGAGUUAUUUCUUCACAAUAGGAAAGUAGUCAUAACUACAUGGAGAUUUCUACCUGUUGAUUUCACAUUUAUAAGGUUAAAGAUGGGAACCUAAUAGAUCUGACACAGUUUGUGGCUUGGUUAAUUAAGGGGUCAGUACGGGACAGGGUCCAACAUGUUGUCCUUAGGUUCCCUGCAGUGCGAUCCAGGGUUAAAUGUGGACCUAGGUCCAACAUGUUGUCCUUAGGUUGUCGGCAGUGCGAUCCAGGGCUAAAUGUGGACCUAGGUCUAACAUAUUGUCCUUAGGUUCUCGGCAGUGCGAUCCAGGGCUAAAUGUGGACCUAGGUCCAACAUGUUGUCUUUAGGUUCUCUGCAGUGCGAUCCAGGGCUAAAUGUGGACCUAGGUCUAACAUGUCCUUAGGUUCUCGGCAGUGCGAUCCAGGGCUAAAUGUGGACCUAGGUCCAACAUGUUGUCCUUAGGUUGUCGGCAGUGCGAUCCAGGGCUAAAUGUGGACCUAGGUCCAACAUGUUGUCCUUAGGUUCUCGGCAACGCGAUCCAGGGCUAAAUGUGGACCUAGGUCUAACAUGUUGUCCUUAGGUUGUCGGCAGUGCGAUCCAGGGCUAAAUGUGGACCUAGGUCUAACAUGUUGUCCUUAGGUUCUCUACAGUGUGAUCCAGGGCUAAAUGUGGACCUAGGUCAAACAUG